AGAGAAGAAAAAACUCUACCCAUCUGCGCAUGUGCAGUUCGUACAGCUGCAGCCGACAACAACAGACUGGACGAGCUGCCCUUUCAUUCCAAGAUGGCGGACUUACUCGGUUCUAUCCUAAACUCGAUGGAAAAGCCUCCAACCGUCGGCGACCAGGAAAGCCGACGAAAGGCACGAGGUACAGGAUGAAUUACUGAAGUUAAGUCUUAGCUGGACUCAGUUUGAAACACAUGAAUUUGGUAUAUUUGGGGAACUGUUCAUAAUUUAAACAACAGGCGCAGUACGGGGAAUCUUCGCCUUACCAUUGGCCGCUUCUGCCGUCAUGCCGCGUUAAGCGCAUUUUGGUCGGUGUAAGCCCCGCCUCUUUGUAACAUGAAGCCACGCAUGUCCCGCAAACUACCGCAGACUGCAGGUCAGACCUGGUCUGACUCUAGGUCCACAGAUGUAGGAAAUAUUGAUAUUUUCAAGCAGUAAAGCCUGCUUUUAUACUCGUGUAGAAACUAGGACUGUAAAUGGUGGUCAUGUGUUUGCCACUAUUUUGUGUCACAAAUGGGUUACAGCUAAAAACCACAAAUGUUAUCAAAUACUUUAAAAUGAACAGUAUUAAUGCUGAAAUAAGGCCAUUAGAAGCGCUUAAGAUAACGAUGUAUAGACACAUGCAACCAAAAUAGAAGCAGUCACAUUCACAGGCUCUCCUUUCACAUGUUUGUGUGUUAAUAAAGCCUGAGAAAAACAGGAGAGAACUUCAGGACUACAGUAUUUACAAUCUGGCAAAGCUGAGUGCAGUGUUAUCACAAAUAAAUAACUGUAUUGACUUUCCAGCAGUAAAGCCACAACAUAAAUUAAAACCACAAGACGGCAUCAUCAGCUGUUAUGUGAAGGCUGGCCAACAAAACUCCAGAGGCUGUUUGCCAGUAAACAAACGGAACUAAUAGGAUUUAUGUGACCCUAUUCUCAAGCCCUGGGUGAUUGUGAAAAGUGGUUUUAGGAUGUCAGGAAUUCUGUGUCUUUAUCAGCCUUGUUGUGACAGAUCUUUAGAAAGCAGGACGGUUGAAACUGUUGUGCUGCAGGACCUCAUUGUUCAUAGGGAGGAACUUUGAAGGUGAUCAAUAAUGAAUAAACCCACUGAAAACUUUUGAUUUCUGUUCUUUUAAGAGCAAGCGGCAAGACUGAAGAAGAUGGAGGAACAUGAGAAAAGAAAGAAAGCUGAGUUCAGGAAAAAGGUAAAAGCUUGAGUGUCACAGCUUAAGUUUCAAAUCACCACCCACUUGAUCAGGAACAUCUGCAAAACCUGAUGCAAUCCUAUGCAACUUUUUUGUUCACUUGUUUGCCUUUGCAAAGUUUCUACAUUUAUCUGCUGUAAUUGUUGAUAAUGUGUAAACUUGGGUUCACCUAAAAGACUUGUAAAUAUUCUUCAUAUUCAACAUGCAAUUCUAUGACCUCAAUGCAAAACUUCUGUGAUGAUUAAACAUUUACCACCCGUCAUAGAAUCAAAAUAUGGCAAAGGAGUCGUAAUGUUUGCAUUACAUUACAAUGGACUAGUGUUGAUUAUAAAGUGCACACUGAGUGUAGCUCCUCUUUUUCACUUUCAAAAUAACACUGUCCCCUGGCUUCUCUUUUUCAGAUGGAAAAAGAGGUUUCAGAUUUCAUACAAGACAGCUCACAGCAGAAAAGAAAAUACAACCCCAUGGGGAAGAUUGAAAGAAGUAUAUUGUAAGUAAUAACUUUUUUAGAUAACUCCACAAGGCAAAAUGAAUAAAAAAUAAAAUAAAAAGACAUUUUUGUCAUUACUCAGACACUGUUCACUUUAAUUCUUCCUAUCUCACAGGCAUGAUGUUGCAGAGGUGGCUGGUCUGACUUCUUUUUCUUUUGGGGAGGAUGAAGAGAGCCGUUAUGUCAUGCUUUUUAAGAAGGUCUGUAAACAUACAGUUUAAUCCUUACAGACUGUUGUUGUUUAUGAAAAUAAAGAAACUAUGAAGGUUUUCUCUCAUUUGCUCUGAUAGGAGUUUGCUCCAUCAGAUGAGGAGCUGGAGGCCUAUCGCAAAGGAGAAGAGUGGGAUCCCCAGCUGGCAGAGCAACGACGUAGACUCAAAGUAAGACGGGAUCCUCCUGCUGUAUUUCACUGAAUACUUAUUCAAAUAUGCAUCCUGCCACACUAAAUGUGAUAGCUCUGCAUGUCAACCUGAUGUCAGAAAAUACAGGUAAUCUUACUUAUUGGAGGUUUUAACAUUUGUGGAUCGCUUUGUUUGUGUCACUGUCAUUUCAUUUCAUUUCACAGGGCAGCUUUGACUUCUCUAUCUAUUUAUAAGGCAUGUAAUUCCCUUAUUGUUACUGACAUUUUCUUUCCAUUUCUUUGUAGGAACAGGCUGCAUUAGAAGAAACAGAAUCCAGUCAGACAAAGAAGGUUGAAGCGUGUCCCAACUCAAACUACAGGGAUAAGUACAGCCACCUGAUUGGUACCUCGGCUGCAAAAGACGCCGCGCACACACUAGAGGCCAACAGUGCUUAUGGCUGUGGUGAGUACAUGUUGCUACAUCAGCCUGGCUUUCAGAAAACUCUAACUUUCUUUGAAUCAUAUAAUUCACUCUCUUUAUGUACUUUGUAUUUUUGUCCCCUAGUGCCGGUGGCAAACAAGAGGGACACUCGCUCCAUAGAGGAAGCCAUGAAUGCAAUCAGAGCAAAGAAACGUCAGAAACUAGAGGACGACACUGGAGCUCACAGCAGCAGCAGCUCAUGAGCCUGCACCUUUUUGCUCCCUGUUGACUGCUGAGUGUGUGUAUGUGUGUGUCUGUGCUCGUAUUGGCACAACAGUGUGUCAGUCAAAGUCAUCUUAACAAUGCAAUAUUCUAUCAUUCGGACAUUUAAGACUUUAACUUAUAAGACAGGUGUUAAAUGUUGUGGCAAAGCUACUCUGACUUUGUUGAAAUUAGGUUUAAUGGAGGACGCUCAGGUGUGUCUGAUCCAGGAGGUGGAUCAUUAUAUAUGUUGAAUAUUUUUCAUGAUGCUUUGCUCUUUGUAAAGCCUUUUGCACAAAACAAAACCCUAUACAUAUGAGGAACUUGUUUUGGUUAAAAAAAAGGUUUGGUAGAUGUUCAGCAAACAAAAAAACAUCUGUUAUACAUGUGUAAGUUUUUAAGACUUUGUUUUUUGGCCGUUCUGUUUAAGAUUUACAGUUUUAGACCCUAUAAAAAUAUUGAAGUUUAAGCAGUUUUGAGCUCUGGGUCCAUUUUGGAAGCAGUUUUUAAGGCGAAGUCAUGGCUGGAAAGUCCCAUAUAACAAGCACAGUAUUGGAAAGGGAUCGGUUAUGUUGUCAGUUGAUUGUUUAUGGUUCAACUUGUCUUUUUUUUUUUCUAAGGGUGAAUCUGUGUCAGAAACUUUUUGUAGACGCCAUUUCUGUCACUGCAAUAGGAAAGUACCAUUAUCUGGAUUCUGGGUAUGUUUGUCUGACUGUGAAUACAAGUAUUUUGCCAUACUACGUGUAUAAAUCCUUGUGUUGGGUACAAUUGGUGUCAUGGUUGGGUGGAGAUCCUGACUCGGUCAUUUGUGACCCACCUUUUGUCAUAUCUUCAGAAAGUCUGAAGUUAUUUUGUGUAUUUUAACAUGGUUGCACUGAUUUAUCCCCUAUGUGUGUUAAUAAAUGGAGAACUGUCAGAUAAUUUCCCUCUUUACAAA